UGUAGUUGUCAUGGAAUGUAACAAGAUCUAUGUAGUUGGCAAUAGAUACCCCAAACGGCAAUUGGAAUUGACCAAGUGGCAAGUGCAACUUCAGCCAAAGUGGUCACAGAUUUCAUGGGCACAUCUUUCCUCUUGUGCUGGCUUUGUGGCUUCCUUGCUGACUCUUUCCUAGGCAGAUUCAAGACCAUUGCCAUCUUCCCUGUUGUCCAAGCCCUUGUACAGUUACAAGAAAUCCAUGUGGAGCCCUAUUCUCCACAUCCUCCAGGUCAUCGCAGCAGCCAUUGGGAAGAGGAAAAUGGACUUCUUCAGCAACCUCCAGAGGAUAGCAAUCGGCCUAGUUCUCUCGACAAUCCCUGGCCGAAAGCAGCGCUUAUCCGCCGCCACGAAAACCCUCCCGAUAUCGGUCUUCCUGCUGAUCCCACAGUUCAGGGGGAGGCAUUCAUCUACCCAGGGAAGCUGGACUUCUUCAUAAAGCAGUCCCCUAAAGUGAUGAAGGCCAUGAGCACGGGGCUCUUCCUCACCACGCUCACCUUCGGCUUCUUCGUCAUCAGCUUCCUGGUCAUGGUGGUGAAGAAAGUGACUCAGAGUGGGAAGCUCGAUUGCUUCUACGGGCUAUUGGCCGUUCUUGGAGUGGUGAACUUUGCUGUGUUCUUGGUGUGUGUUGUCCUAGUGGGAAAGAGGGUGAUGGGAAUAAGUUGAAUGGUGGUGGGUCGGUGGAGUUGGAGAUUAUAGAGAAUAAGACUAAUGAGGUUGAGAAGUGUUAGUGAGUAGGAUGGCAAUGGGUCGAGUUAGGGGUUUUGUCAAAUAUAAACACAAAUUCAUGGGUUUAUCCGUUAAAUAGAUUCGGGGUAAAAUUCGUUGGGUUUGAAAAACUCAAACCCAACUCAACUCGCUGGGUAUCCGCGGGUUUAUGGGUACCCGUGGAUUUUUGCGGUAAAAAAUUUACAAUAACAAAUUUUUUCCAAACAUCAAUUUUCUUAUAAAAAUUAUCCAUACAAAAAACACUAAUCUAGAGCAUACAAGCAAACCGCAAAUUAUCAAUACAAAUUGUUCAAAAUUAAAGAUAAACAUCUAUAAACAACAUGAUUAAUUGACAACUCCUUCCACCUUGUCAACUAAACUUCUUCACUCUCCACUCCAUAAUAUCAACUUUUUUUUUUUUUUGACAAAGGGAUACUUGCAUUGCACUUUGAAUGAUCGAUUACAAGAGAACCCACAAAGCAAACCAAAAAUAGAACAAGGACAGAGAAACAAAAGCACAUAGAUGCUCAAUCAAAGCUUCAGAGAUACAACAAGAAGAGCACACAACCGAGAAAGAGUCAUCCAACAAAGGAUCUGAAACACUUGAACCAAAAUCAGUAUACACCGAAAGCUCUCUUGCAAUCAAAACAAACGAAGUAGCACCAAGCGCAAACAGCUCGUCCGAUCCGACUGAGUCCAUGACGAUUGAUCACAAUGUCAUUAGCCGCCUCCUGGGAGUUGCUCGAAGACGCUCAACACAGUGAAUCACGGGUGAGAGAUUACAUGGUGGUGGACAGAGAUGAGGAUCGAAAUGCUCCGAGCUGAAGAGGCAGGGGAAGACGAGGCUCCAAGACUUGGACAAGGGAAGCAGAAGAACCCAGAUCCCCCGAUCAAAGAACUGAACCCACGAGCAGCAAGGCUAGACUCUGCAAUCCAUCCUCCGUCGGCCCCCUAGAUGCAGAACAACCACCUGGGAAGAACGAAGGGGAAAACCAGAGAAUCGAUUCACCACAAAAGAUGUUAAACCAACCAUCAUGAGAGAAGACCCAAGAUGCAAAACCCAGCCCCAAAGGAGAGCAAAUCCCAGCAAAAAACCCUAGAACAGGGGAGCGAAAUGCCAAGAAUGGCUUGAAAAGCUUGAAAGCAGAGUGAAAACAUCAAAAACAAAGACAAGGAAUUAAAGGGAGGUAGCAGGAAGAAAGAAAAAGGGGGUGGGCUACCGCCGGUCACCAAGAGAUGCCGGCGGCAGCCCUGGGGAGCUUCAGAAGCGAGAGGAAAGGAAGAGCGGGAUGAGAGCAAUUUUUUGAAUUAAAGUUCCAUAAUAUCAACUUCAUCGUACACAAUUAGAAAUAACAAAUUAGACAUGCCUCCACAAAAAUAAAGAAAACUAGUUGUUUAAGGAAGAUAUAUUGUUUAAAAUAUUAAAUCUACCGAAAAAAUUAAUUAUAUGAGUGCGGGCGAGUUUGCCUAAACCCAAACCCAACCCAACCAGUGAUGGUGUAGCGGGUUAAAACCCAAACCCGACCCAAAAUCCAACCGGUAAUGAGCUGGUUUUACCCGCGUUGACCGAGUUGGGUCGCGUAGGGUACCCGUGGGUUCGAGUUUUGUUGUCAUCCCUAAGUGAGGAGAAGGAGAAAAAAAGGACUAAAAGAGGGAUAACUGGGGAUGGGGAUGGUGGAAAAAAAAACUAAUUUGGUUUUAGUUUAUACUUUAUAGUUUUUAUGUACAUUUGAAGCCAUUCUUCAGCAUUUCAAAUUUACUCCAAUGAAAACGAAAUGAAAUGAAAGCGAAAGU